AUGUCAGCGCCCGACACUCUCACCGACUUACCUCCUUCCGCGCCAGUGCCCACAGACACCCAUCCGGCUUUGGACGCACCAGACUAUUCUCCCGAACCAGUUCCUGGAGAGACGUCCUUGGGUGCAAGCCCUACCAUAUGUGCCGACACUGCCCGCCGAACGUUCUUCGCACGCCAGGACGAGAUCACUCUAACGUUUCUUCGCCAACUAGAGGGUGUUCCUAUUCCUCGAUAUGGGCGCGCAGGAUGCAUCUCUGGCCAAAUACAUUUGGCUAGCACCUAUGGUGUAACUGCUGUCAGUCUUCAACUCGAAGGCAGAAUCGUCGUUGACCUCGAAGGACGACUACCGAUGUUCACCUAUCAUUUCCUGAAGAUACCACUCGCUCUAUGGGAGAAGGGUACUAACGGCGAGAAAUAUCCCCCCUUUGCGAUGCCAUUUAGGUUCGACAUACCGGAGACCUUUGUUGACGACGGUGGGAAGGAAUACUCUCUACCACCGUCGUACGAGCCCGAGAUGGAGUCGGUCAACCUCAAGGACCUCUACGUUCAAUGCUCUUACACCCUGUCUGUGAAGAUGGCGAGAGGCAGAUUCAUGCCGAGCAAAUUGAUGGUCCAGAAAGUGAACUACGACCCGCGAACUGUGCCACCAACACACACAUUGAUCUACCCUUUCCCGUAUACAACAGUCACAGACGAGACACCCCCACAUGGUUGGAGAAGGUACGACGAGGUUAUCGUAGCUCGGCCUCAGAACGGCUUUCAUGACGUUCAUUGCCAGCUUUAUGCGCCUGCUCUGCGUGUGUACUCAAUGAAGAGCGGGCCAAUACCGUACUUUCUCAGAGUUCACGGGCACUCGGAGAGUAUGUCGGCUCUACUCUGCCACGCACCGCCGGCACCGACCUCAUCUCCACGGUCGCGCUGGGGGAUAACCCAUGCCUCGCAGUCCACAACCUACGACAUUGAAGUUCACAUCAAGAGACAAGUCUCGAUUGCCGUAGGCGGCGUGAGCGCUGCCCGCUCGUAUAUCGUCGGCAAAGGUACCUUGCGCGAUCUACCCCCGGUUUAUCGAUCCGAAGAAGACGUAAACACGGUGGACUACGAAGGCGAGGUGCAGAUAGAGCCCACAGUGGCUGUUGGAGGGUUUGACAUGGGCAAACUGAGCAUCGCUGACUUCUUUGUAUUUACAAUCAAAGCUGUUGAUCCUCGCAAGGCGGCGUUCGAGGAACUCACUCAUUCGCAUACUAUUCGUAUAGUCACGGGACUCUGA